AUGACAUCCCUCAAGCAAUUCAUCCGAAAUGUACGAUCUGCCAAGACAAUCGCCGAUGAACGGGCGGUGAUUCAAAAAGAGAGCGCGGCCAUUCGUGCGUCGUUCAGGGAAGAGAGCCAUGAUUCGGGCAUACGGAGAAACAAUGUUGCCAAGUUACUUUAUCUUUUCACCCUCGGUGAGCGGACGCACUUCGGUCAGAUCGAAUGUCUGAAACUGCUGGCGUCCCACCGCUUCGCAGACAAGCGAUUGGGAUACCUGGGUACUAUGCUGUUGCUAGAUGAGAAUCAAGAAGUGUUGACACUGGUGACAAACUCGCUAAAGAAUGAUCUUAACCAUUCCAACCAAUAUAUCGUCGGACUUGCCCUUUGCGCCCUGGGAAAUAUCGCCUCCGUCGAGAUGUCCAGAGAUCUGUUCCCGGAAGUCGAGUCUCUUCUUUCUACCGCAAAUCCAUAUAUCAGGAGGAAGGCGGCGCUGUGUGCUAUGCGGAUAUGUCGCAAAGUGCCAGACCUGCAGGAACAUUUCUUAGAGAAGGCCAAGACCCUCUUGUCAGACAGGAACCAUGGCGUUUUGUUAUGCGGCUUGACCUUGGUAAUAGACAUGUGCGAAGCGGAGGAGGCUGAGGAAGGACAAGAAGGCGUGAUCGAGAUGUUCCGACCUCUGGCUGGUGGUCUCGUACGGGCUCUAAAGGGAUUGACAACCUCCGGAUACGCCCCGGAACAUGACGUUUCUGGAAUCACGGAUCCCUUCCUUCAGGUCAAGAUCUUACGCCUCCUUCGAGUACUAGCAAGAGGAGACGCGGCAACAAGCGAACUGAUUAACGACAUUCUGGCCCAGGUGGCUACCAAUACUGAUUCGACAAAGAACGUCGGCAACGCUAUCCUCUACGAGGCCGUCCUCACCAUCCUUGACAUUGACGCUGAUUCGGGUCUAAGAGUCCUAGGCGUCAACAUUCUCGGAAAAUUCCUCACCAAUAAGGACAACAAUAUUCGUUACGUGGCUCUUAACACGCUGAACAAGGUUGUCGCGAUCGAGCCCAACGCUGUGCAGAGGCAUCGCAACACCAUCCUGGAGUGUCUCCGCGAUCCCGAUAUCAGUAUCAGAAGGCGAGCCCUUGACCUUAGCUUCAUGCUGAUAAAUGAAAGCAACGUCCGUGUUAUCAUCAGAGAGCUUCUUGCUUUCUUAGAAGUCGCGGAUAACGAGUUCAAGCCUGCGAUGACUACUCAGAUCGGCAUUGCUGCCGAUCGCUUUGCGCCGAACAAACGCUGGCAUGUUGACACGAUCCUCCGGGUCCUCAAAUUGGCUGGUGCCUAUGUCAAAGAGCAGAUCUUAUCCUCCUUUGUGCGUCUCAUUGCGACUACCCCAGAAUUGCAAACCUACUCCGUGCAAAAGCUCUACAUGUCGCUGAAAGAAGAUAUCUCGCAGGAGGGUCUCACUCUUGCUGCAACUUGGGUUAUUGGAGAGUACGGCGACAACCUUCUUCGGGGUGGUCAGUACGAGGAAGAGGAGCUAGUCAGGGAGGUCAAGGAAAGUGACCUCGUUGAUCUAUUCAACAAUAUUCUCAACAGUACAUAUGCAACACAAACAGUGGUCGAGUACAUUACCACUGCUUCGAUGAAGCUUACCGUGCGCAUGUCGGAGCCAGCUCAAGUCGAACGCCUCCGCCGCUUCCUGAAUAGCCGAACUGCCGACUUGAGCGUGGAAAUCCAGCAACGAGCUGUGGAGUACACCAAUCUUUUCGGCUACGACCAGAUUCGUCGAGGUGUUCUGGAACGUAUGCCACCUCCUGAGAUUCGUGAAGAACAGAGAGUCCUGGGUGCUCCGACAAAGAAGCGUCAGAGCAAAAUCCUCAAGGACAAGACUAAGAAGGCUGCCAAACCAGCCGAACAGGAUAUGCUCCUUGACCUCAUGGGCGGUGAUGCUCCAGCAACCAGCCCAACUGGCAACGGAUCCCAAAAUACAGCCGACCUGCUGGCAGACAUUCUCGGCGGGGACUCAGGGCUCUCGUCCCCUGCCCCUCAGCCGGCGCAGAAGCCGGCGCAGAAGCCGGCGCAGUCCAACACAGCUGCCAUCAUGGAUCUGUUUAGCUCUAAUGGAAACACCCCGUCGCCCCGUCCAGCUGAGCCGGCGUCGUCGUCUAUGGACCUCCUUGGAGGCCUUGGAUCCGCCGCACCUGCGGCUUCCACCCCUCCACCCUCGGCACCCGCUGCCCCUGCUCAUACUGCAUUCAAUAAGAACGACCUCUCUCUGACUUUGCAGGUCCAGCGGGGCAGCAGCGGCAAUGCACAGAUCCAGGCUCGUUUCCGAAACUCCUCGAACUUCACUAGCUUCUCCGGUGUUGGACUACAGGCUGCGGUACCCAAGAGCCAACGGCUUCAACUCAGCGCAAUCAACAAGCCCGACCUCGAGGCCGGUGAGGAAGGUAUUCAACUCCUAAAGGUCGCCUCUUUAAAUGGAGCUCUCCCACCCAAACUCCGCCUCCGUCUGCGUAUCACAUACUCCAAGGACGGAUCAGAUCCCGUGACAGACCAGGUCGACUGGACCGAGCCGUAA